UCUCAGAGAUGGUCCCUGUCAGUGACCUUAGUAUCGACUCAGAGGAAGCGCACGGCUUUCUGGCUCACUCCAGACUAAAGCGUAAUGUGGACCCAAGGUGGUACAGGGGAAACCCAGACUUCCAGGCUUACUACCGCUACUACAGCAGCAUCGGACACACUGAGGGGCUCUAUGAGAUAGACAAGCUGCGGAUGCUCUACCAACAGAUGAGGUACCUUGAGCACACCUACGGCCCCGACGCGCCCUAUUUCCAGAGCAAACUGGGAGUGCCAAUGAUCAUGUGUGACCCGGCUACGGACAAGAAGUGCAAAGUCGCUCUUCCUCCUCCGCCUCCAAUGAAAGGGCUCCCAAAGUCCACAGAGCCCCCAGCGACCCCUCCUCCUCUUCCUCCUGCUCCAUCCAUCUCCCAGGCUGAUGUUCUCUAUCUGUGCAACAAGAGGGACCCCCUCUGUAAGCCCCACAUCGUUUACAUGCCCACCGGCUCCGUGCCCGUGCUCUGCGACCCCCGCUACCACCCCCACUGCACCCCCCAGAAAGCUCCAGCCCCAGUCGCAGUGCCCCAACCUCCUCCCCCUCCACCAAAGAAGUCCGCCCCACCCCCACCAGUCCUCAUCAAGAAGUCUCCCCCAGCCCUCAUCCGCACCUUCAAGGGCAUGGAGUACGACUGUGACCCCUACUGGGACCCAGACUGCCUGAUUGACCACCCACCCAGGCCCAUUAAGGGAAAGAUCGUGGCCCCCCCACCACCGCCCCCUCCUGAGGAGGAGGAGAAAGAGGAGCCAGCUCCCCCUGCUCCCAUCGAGAAGAAAGCGCCCCUCUACCCUUACCCUUACUUCUACCCGAUGCCCUACGACCCCAGGGAUGACCUGUACGACCCGGCCCGCUUCCAGUACCCACAGCCCGCUGACGAGCCUGCAGAGGAGAGUCAGUAAAACAUCCAGGAUGUGUUUGAGGAAAGGUGUUUUUACUUUGAAUGAAACAGACUUUGACUGAAAACAUCUAAGUUGAACAAGUUCAUAUGUUUAGAGAUAUUAACGUCUUACAAAUGUACUGUCACUGAAUACAACCUGUAGUCUGAAGCAUUGGAAAGUUGCAGUUAACG